AUGCUCGGGUCGGCUACUACAGCCGGUCAGGAUGACGAGCCGGAUCGGAUCGUAUCCGCAAGUCAAACCGUUUUAGCCGAAGCGGCUGUAGCUUCUGUGGCGGAAGGCGCUGUAGAUUUUGGGGCGGCGGAUGCACUAGCAGCGGGGCAGGCGCGCUUCGCUGCCGGGGGGGAUCGCUCGCCUGUCGGUUUCCUUCCCGCAGACUCCGGAAACGCCUCGCCGUCACCGCCGGCGACGGGAGUGGCGUCAGAUGCGGAGAGCAGUCCUCACAGAUGGUAUCAGGCGGCGACGUGGGAAUCGAACUCGGAGGAAGAAGGCGGACCGAACGAGGGGGUGGAGGCGCUGGAAGGGACUGAUUCAGCAGGCCGCGAUUGGCGGCAUAGGAUGCGAGACGAAGAAAGAUUGGGGGAGAGUGGUAGAGAGAGUGAAAGGAUUGAGGACGAUGGUACGGAGCAGGAGGACGAAGAUUCCGUGGCGUCGCAGCUGAAAGCUGAUUGGGUGCCGCGAAAGGCGCUGACGGGAAAGGGCAUGGAGAAGUCUGCAUCGACGGGCGAGCUAGCGCAACUCGCGGAGGCAGCAGCGGCUGCUGCGGCGUCGUUCGCGGGGCGAACUAAUGCGGGGUUCUCGCCGGCCACAGGGGCUGCAGGAUUGUCCACGUCGGCAGGAGCUGAGUCAGCAGGAGCGGGAGGGGGAGAGAGCAGUAGAGCGGUGGUGUAUGGAGGGAUGACGGAGGAGGGGAGGAGGAGGCAGCAGGAGUGGGAGGACGAAGCAGCGUGGAUAGUCUAUGAGAUCGCUGCAGCGGUGGCGUAUUGCCACAAACGGGGCAUCUUACAUCGAGACAUCAAACCAGAGAACGUUCUCUUGACUCUGCCGCCCAGCUCCCAGCCAAUCACCACCCACGCCUCUCCACGUUCCCCUUGCACCACAGCUGCGUCCUCCGAGGACCAAAAUUUCCGUUCUGCCCGUGUUGUGGGGCGGUCAACGUCAGUGGGGCAGUCAACAUCAUUAAAGCCAAGCAGUGAGUUUCUGCGUAAGAGCCCCUCCUUUUCUAUCCUCGCCACAGCUGCUGGUGCUCAUGCUGCCGACGGUGAGGCUGGUGGGGCGAGGGGUAGGCUCGUGGCAGCAGAGUCAGGGCGCUAUCAGGCAGCCAGUGUGGGUGCUGCUGCUGCCCAUCCACCCCACGCUGGUGGGGCCCAUUGGCAUGGCAGGGUGCGUGGCAGCGUGCAUGGGAACGCGCAUGGGCACAGGCGCUCUGGCUCUCUCGCCAGCUGGCUGGGUCGAACCAGCCUGCGGAAGAAGCAGCAGCAGCAGCAGAAGCAGGAGCAGGAGCAGCAGCAGCAGCAGCAGCAGCAGCAGCAGAAGCAGGAGCAGCAGCAGCAUCAGCAGCUGAUGCAGCAAAUGGAGGAUGGGGAGCAGUCUUUCAAGGCAGGCGGUUCGGAACUUUCCAUUUGUACUGCUGCUGUUGCUGCUGCACUCCCCUUGUGCACCUGUGCAUGCAAGCAGCAGCACCAACACUCCAACAAUACCCCUCUCCCUGCUCUCAGUGAAGUGCAAGGGCUGCGUUUGGCUGACUUUGGCCUGGCAGAGAAGCUACGGCCAGGGCAGGCAGCCACACGAGGCCUUGUUGGCAGCCCUGCCUACGUGGCACCUGAGGUGGCGGCAGGGCUCCCCGUCAGCUUCCCUGCAGACGUCUGGGGCAUCGGAAUUUGUCUGUACAUGGUGUUGUCGGGCGGCCAGCUGCCGUUUUCUGGGCGGCGCACUCGGCUGCUGUUGUUGAAUAUUCGGCGGGCGCAGCUUCCUAUGGGGACGGCGGCAUGGGUGAGUGUGUCGGGAGAGGCGAAGGAUGUGGUGAGGAGAUUGUUGGCUGCAGAUCCGAAGCACCGGCCAAGUGCGGAGGAGGUAUUGCAGAUGCCAUGGGUGGUGAAUGGGAGAGGUCGGUGGCUGCAACGGCAGACAGGUUUUGUGACUUGA